UAUAAGCAACCUCGCCUCACCUGCACAGACACAAGAAGAGAGAAGGGAAUACAUCUGCAACUUAAGAGAGCUGCUAUACAGACCUCACCAUGCGGUUCAACACGCUCAUCUUGCUGAGUCUGACUUGUGUCUGCCUUGCACUCGCUCAAACGACCCAUGAAGACUGCUGUUUGAAGUACGUGAAACAGUUGGGCAGGAGCACUCAAAGACAUGCAGUGGCCUACAGAUUGCAGGUACCAGAUGGAGGCUGUAACAUCCCUGCUGUUAUCUUCACCAUGAAGAGGGGGCGUGAGUUUUGUGCAAACCCCAGAGAGAAAUGGGUCCCAGUUCUGAAGGAGAAGAUUGACAGACGCCCAAGGGGUCACAAGAAACCCAUGAAGCACAAUCAGCCGUACAGAGGCUGAGGGCGUCUGCCAGCUGAAAUGGCCCAGAGUCAUCCCACCUUCAUCUGCCAAAUCUUAUCAUUAAGCAACACACGGUUUUAUGGUGUCUUUCUGGAAUCUAGUCGAUGAGGCUGGCCAAGGAAAUCUUCAAGCAUUACUUUUGCUUUCACUCUGCACUAAGAUAAAGGUCAACGCUUGGGUAGAAUCGCAGCAGCACCUUGUUGUUUGAGGAUGAACUGCUGCCGACGGGCCGCGACAUAUAAACGCCUUCAGUAGCAUGGCUGCUCCAAUGAGAAUACUUUUGUGACCGUUUUCUUGCCUUUUAAUACAUGAGGUGUUCAAUAAGCUGCUUAAUAAAUGGUGAUCAGUGUAAAUGAUAAUAAUACAUGUGCUAUUUAGAGUACUUCUUGCCUGAGAUGGCCAUCAAUAAUCGUUUAUAUACAAACACUAAUCAUUAAAUGUAAAUGCAUUUGGGAAAUCUGUCUCAUAAGAAACUCUUGUCUUAACUUUUUUCUGAAAUGUUAAACUGUCUGUCUUUUCAUACAUUUUUUGUAUAUGUAUUUGUUCCUAUAUAAGCAUUAUUUCAAUAAAUGUUGCUUAUCAUCCCCAA